GAAAUACAAUAAUAAGAACGGUCUUGGAGAGGAGUAUGAAACAAGAACAAAUAGUAGGGAGGUAUUUUGCAAUUAACUUUGCUAGAAUGGAGUUAAUUAUCCUUGGAAUCAGAUCCAAUCCAAAUUGAGAUUUGACGUUUCCCAUUUCCUAGUAACCAGAAGGGGUAAUUUAGGAACAGAAUCAACGCGUGAAUUCUACUCUAAUUUUCUUAUAUACACAAAGUUGCACUUCUUUAUUUAUUUUUCCCAUAGGAAACUCCACCUUGGUUGAUAAAAGCCUUUUACAGGGGGGCCGCUGGAGCCUGUAACCGGAGCACCUGUUUAUUCAUCCGAUCCGCCACCGUUUUGGUUUUACUCCGCCGCGAAUCCUACCCGAAAUGGCUAAACUACCCCUGAUACUCCUCCUCCUACUCCCCGUCAUCCUCACCCUCCUCCCCUCCACCACGGCGGAGAUCAAAACCCUAACCAUCAAGGAUGACCCCCGGCCGAUGAUUUUGUUCGAGCAAUUCGGAUUCACGCACACGGGAUACGCCACCAUCACCGCCUCCUCGGUCUCCGUCGUCUCCACUCUUGCCACUCCCGAUGCGUCUAAGUUGGGAUUCUUCCUUCUCUCUGAAGAAUCCCUCAUUCAAGUCCUCAUAGAGCUUCAACAGAACGCAUUUUGCGUCCUUGAUUCCAGAUUCAUCAUCAAGUUGUUCGAUUUCCGUGAACUCUCCCCGCCGCCGGCCUCGUCGUUCAACCGCACGUUCCCGGUUACUUCCCCUAAUGAGUACUCUCUUUUCUUCGCUAACUGUGCCCCCGAAUCUAAAGUCUCCAUGGAGGUGCGGACCGAGCUUUACAACCUCGAUAACGCCGGCCGCGUUAGGGAUUAUCUGUCCGCUGGCCUCACCCAGCUUCCCACUCUUUAUUUUCUAUUUUCCAUUAUCUUUUUUGCGUUCCUGGGUGUUUGGAUUUACAUCUGCAUCCAGAACAGGAUGUCGGUCCACCGGAUCCACGCGUUGAUGGGCCUCUUGGUUGUGAUGAAGGCUCUGAAUCUGCUGUUCGCCGCGGAAGACAAGCACUUCGUGAAGAGCACUGGUACACCACACGGGUGGGAUGUAUUGUUUUACAUUUUCCAGUUCAUUCGAGUGGUGCUUUUGUUCACUGUGAUUGUUUUGAUCGGAACUGGGUGGUCCUUCUUGAAGCCGUUUUUGCAAGAGAGGGAGAAGAAGGUGUUGAUGAUCGUGAUCCCUCUUCAGGUCUUGGCUAAUAUAGCCUCUGUUGUGAUUGGAGAAACAGGGCCGUUUAUUCAAGACUGGGUCACUUGGAAUCAAGUGUUUUUGCUUGUGGACAUCAUAUGCUGCUGCGCUAUUAUUUUCCCCAUUGUGUGGUCGAUCAGAUCUUUGAGGGAGACUUCCAAGACUGACGGAAAGGCUGCCAGGAAUUUGGCCAAAUUGACAUUAUUUAGGCAGUUUUACAUUGUGGUGAUCGGAUACUUGUACUUCACCAGAAUUGUUGUGUUUGCUUUGAGGACCAUCGCCGCAUACAAGUAUCAGUGGGUUGCAUAUGCAGCUGAAGAGAUUGCAAAUGUAGCCUUCUACACAGUUAUGUUCUACAUGUUUAGGCCAGUUGAGAAGAAUGAAUAUUUCGCUCUUGACGACGAGGAAGAAGAGGCAGCUGAGAUGGCUCUACGGGAUGAGGAGUUUGAGCUCUGAGCUCAUAUCUGGUUGGCCCUUCCAUUUUGUCAAUUUUUAUUGUUCUGACUUUUAGAUACUACUUUCUUGUCAGAGUAUACUCUUUAAAUAGAUUUACUAGGAUCAAGUACCGUUUAAUUUCAUGUUUGUAAUACUUUGAUAUUGUGGAGAAGUUCAUCUCAUUCCUCUUUUUUUCUUUCUGGAGCAACCCAUCUUCUUUCAGCUGCCACUAUUUUCUUAUUGUCAAUUUGUUGCUCUGGGUUUUGGAUGCUUCUGUUAUUGUCAAGGUGUACUCUUUCUGUUAUUUGUUGCUGGAUUUUCUAUUUGUAAUACUUGGAUAUCAUUGAAUAGAGCUUUUCUUAGGGAGUUAUGCAAUCUUUCACUUACCUCAUUUGUUUUGUGGUGUGUCGAAAUCUCUUAUCAUUAUACAAGUUUUCUCAACCAAUGUCAUCAACCACAGGAAUUGAAGUUCAUUUCAUGUCUGAAUUGUGUACUUUGGUUAAUAAUACAAUGUUCUUUUGUUUGGUUCCUGAUUUUAGUUUCUGCAAGUUUUAUAUAAUUAUUUGAGUCUCAUCCUGUGGUUCACUGUUCUAUAUGUUACAUGUAUGAAUCAGGAGAAACUGGACUUACGAGUGUUAAAUAAUCUCAGACUUAAAAUAUUUGCUGUCUUCCAUUUGUGUGUUCUACAUCUAACAUACACAUGCUGUUGUUUCAUUUUCUUUGUAAGGCUCCUUUCCUUUUGGUUUUUGGCCGCAGAACUAAAAAGCUAGUUUGUCGUUUUAUCCUGUUUGUACUCUUUGCCGCUUAAGCGUGACGCGGGAACUUGUUCAGUUCUUCAUAGUAUUUCCAUUUUCGAGCACCUUUUGGUUUUUUAAUGACUGGUUGAGCCAUAAAAAUUAGAGAUGUUCUGUACUUCUUAGUUGAGUGAAGAAUUUUAUAUCUUUUAUAUCAUAUGAGCCUUUACCGGCAUAGAUGUCAAGGCAAUGCUGCUGUGUAAAGGUUAAAAAUGGUUAUUGCCUCCAAAUUUCUAAAUUUUCUUUGAUAUGCUCUAUUGGCUGCCCUGUUUUUGUGAAAACCCCUU